CUGAAGUCAAGGAUGAAUUUCGAAACACCUGCCUGUCUUCGGGGAAAGGUUUUGGAGCAAAGGCAAAACCCCAAAACCAGCCCACUUUCUUGGCCCCUCCUUAGCAGGCAAAGCAUGAAAAGCAGCCAACCAGGAACUUCUGCAGAAAGCAUGGUGCAGAUUGCCAGAUUGCCAUCCAUAGAACAACCAGAGGCCACUCAUCUCCUUACCAAAGAGGCUUUCCUCCUUUAGCCAGCUCUACCAGCCUAAAACUCCAGUAAAAGAAAAUGAGGCUUACAGAUAUCUUGACGGUUUGCUCUUUGGAAAUUAAUGCGACAGCAGUGACCAUCACCUUCCUGGCAACCUUCCUGGUCCUCCUUUAUUGGUAUUCCACUUUUCCAUACUCAAGGCUGCAAAAUGUGGGCAUCCGCCAUCCUCCCCCAUUGCCUUUCAUUGGAAACCUACUAUACUUCCGCAAGGGCUUUUGGGAAAGCCACAACACACUGAUAAAUGAAUAUGGGCCUGCUUGUGGGUAUUAUAUUGGCCAUCGAAUGUUCAUAGUAAUAUCUGAACCAGACAUGAUAAAACGUAUCUUAAAGGAAGAAUUCCAAAACUUUACUAACCGUAUGGCAGUGGACUUGGCUUCCAAACCAUUUGCGGACAGCAUUCUUAUCCUGCGCAAUGGGAGAUGGAAAGACGUCCGAGGUCUCUUGACCCCAGCCUUCAGUACUCCUAGGAUAAAAGAGAUGGCUCCGCUAAUCAACCAGGCAUGUGACAUCCUGCUGAGCAACUUAAAGGUCUAUGCAGAUUCUGGCAGAGCUUUUGACAUCCAAAGGAAUUACUGUUGCUUUACUCUGGACAUGGUUGCUAGUAUGGCUUUUGGGAUCCAAAUGGACUCCUUCAAGAACCCCAAUGAUGCGUUUGUGAAGAACUCAAAAAUAUUCUUUGAACCUGCAUUGUCUAGACCCCUCUUGAUCCUUACCAUUGCCUUUCCAUUCAUCAUGAUCCCACUGCUUCGGAUUUUGCGAAAUAAGAAACGAGAAGAAGCAAAUGGAUUUUUUAUCAACAAAGUUAAGGAUGCAAUUGCUUUGAGAGAUCAGCAAGACCCAAAUGAGAGACGCAGGGACUUCCUCCAACUGAUGCUUGAUGCCCGAAGUUCUGGUGAUGAUGUCACUGUGGAACAUUUUGACUUAGUCAACCAGGCUGACUUUGGUGUUAAGAGAAGUGAGACAGCUGCCAGCCAAAGCCUACCUAAGAAACUGCAGAAACGACUGAGUGAGGAGGAGAUAGCUGGCCAGGCUUCCUUAUUCUUGGUUGCUGGCUAUGAAACUACUAACAGCAUGCUCUCCUUUGCCACUUACCUGUUAGCCACCAACCCCAGCUGCCAGGAAAAGCUCCUUCAAGAGACAGAUGAGUUCUUUUCUAAACAUGACAUUCCUGAUUACCAAAACAUCCUUGAGCUCCCAUAUUUUGAUAUGGUGAUAGCAGAAACUCUCCGUAUGUAUCCACCUGCAUCCAGGUUCACCCGGGAAGCAGCCAAAGACUGCUUGGUGUUGAAACAACAUAUACCUGCUGGUGCAAUAAUAGAAGUUGCUGUUGGUCACCUCCAUUACAAUCCAAAAAUCUGGCCAGAACCUCAUAAGUUUAUCCCUGAGAGGUUUACUACUGAAGCCAAGCAGCAGCGCCAUCCCUUCUCUUAUCUCCCCUUUGGAGCUGGACCUCGCAGCUGCAUUGGCCUGAAGCUGGCUUUGAUGGAAGUAAAGAUAACACUUCUAAGAAUUCUUCAGAAGUUCAAGUUCCAAACUUGCCUCGAGACCCAGAUUCCUUUGCAGUUGAAAUCUCAAGGCACGCUAGGACCUGUGAAUGGUGUCUAUAUCAAGAUAGCUUCUCGAUAGAGGAAAGUCACCACUCAGUGUGCCUUCCAAAAAGACAACAGCUUGCUGUGCCAUGCUACCUCUAAUUGUGCUGAGAAAAUGUAAAAGUCUUUUUUUCCCAACAAAAGAAUGUGGAUUAAAAGUUGUGUCUUUUAGGAUUUGAAGAAUUCUUGUUUGCCACGUUAUUUUCACAUAAAAUGUCAGAAGCAGCAAAAAUGUUUGGACUAUUUGGCUGCGGUUUGCUCAUCAAAAUGGAUAUGAUGCUAACUUACAGAAUUCACAAUAAUUGCCAGAAACCACGAAGCCGUUGCUAUAUUUGUUAUAAUGUAGUAUCUUUAAGCAUUUUUAUUUAGUGUUAGCUGAAAGCUGUUGUUUUUCAAGUAACUGGGAAAACUGUAUUUUAUGGUUGACUAAAACCAUGUUUUUCUUACAGAACAAAUAGUUUGCUAUUUUGAUUACGAUUGUAAAGCAUUUUCUUUUCUGUCUGUUCCACACAA